CGGAUCCUCCUCCCUCCGCCGUGCCUCUGGUCCCUCCUCCCCGGGUGUGAGUGAGUGAGUGAGUGAGAGAGUGUCCCGGCGGUGACUGUGUGGGUGUGUGCGCGGAGCCUCCCCCUCGGGCCCUCGGGGGUGGGCCCUGGGCCGGACCAUGAGCCGCUGAGUUGUUGCUCGGCCGCCGCUGGGAACCAUGCCCGGGCCUUGGGCGCUGUCCUACCGGCUGCUGGCGGCCUGCGUGUGCCUGAGGGCGGCCGGAGCCGUGUCCGAGUCCGGGCAGCGGCAGCGGAGAUCCGGCGGAGGCUGGGGCCCUCAGGCCGAGGCCUUGGGCCGCUGUGAGUCCGAACUGAGCCCGAUGCAGGACUACAUCAUCCGGACCCGGGAUUCGCUGAACGCCGGCGCCGCCUUCCUGAGCUCCCCGAGCGGUAUCAGCAGCCCGGCGGAGUGCGUGCGGGCCUGCUGCCGCCUCCCCGGCUGCACGGCGGCGGUGGUGGAGCGGGGGCGGGCCAGAGCCGGGGGAGGAGGGGGAGGCCUGGACUGGGCCCGGGGCCUGAAGCUCAGCCACAACAGCGCGGCCGCCCUCAGCUGCUACCUCUUCAACUGCACGUACCGAGGCCGCGAUGUGUGUCGCUUCUCCCCGCAUCAGGGAUACAGCAGCUUCACCCGGGGACACAGCGGCAACUGGCAGCCGGGGCCCGGUCACCAUGGCAACCGAAAUGAUGAAGCCCCCCACUGUGAUGCAGGUCAGGAUUUGGCCUUGUUACUGCCCACUGACUGGGUGCUGCUGGACGGGAGAGGCAGUUCUGACGAUCGGGGAAUUGUCCGAUAUGAAUGGACGUUACUACAAGGAGAUCCGUCAGUUGAUAUGAAGUCUCCACAGCCUGGCAUGUUGAGAUUGAGUGGUUUACGAGAGGGCAUGUAUGUGAUUCGGUUGUCAGUCACUGACACGAUUGGACAAAAGAGUGAUGACAAUGUCACUGUGACUGUGAUGCCACCAAAGCGCCAAACAACAGACUGUACAGGAGUUUGUUCCCGAUAUCAGUUCAUCUGUGAUGACGGCUGCUGCAUCGAUAUCACAAUGGCUUGUGAUGGGACAGCCCAGUGCCCUGACAAAUCUGAUGAAACCUUCUGCCAGAGCUUUAAUGUAGGCCGUAAGUCAAUUACACAUGCAACACUUGCUGCUAGCUCAGAGCAAGAUAGGGCCAUGUGGCCAUCUUCUGACAGUUUCCACAAGACCUCAACAGUGAACCAUAAACCAACACAGUCAUCCAGAACGGAAGGGAUGGACAAACCCAAUCCUAGCCAGCUUCCAGAUAGAAGGAUAACUAGUCUGGUCACAUGUGUAACCUUCCAAUCUAAAGAACAGUUUCCAAGGUUUUUUCUUGCAGAGUAUUGCUUGGUUCCUCCUGCCCCAGGUCCGUGCGAGGGCCACUUCCCUCGCUGGUAUUUUGAUAGUGUCUCAAAGACCUGCAGACACUUCAUCUAUAGUGGGUGCCAGGGCAAUCGGAAUAACUUUCUACAGGAGCUGGAUUGUAAAAAUGGAUGCACAGGAGUCCAAGGUGAUAACCCUUUAGAGACAAGCACAGUGGAAACAAGUGAAGCUGAUGUUCUGAUGUCUAAGAUCAGCCAUGGAAGAGGAAUUCACCCAGUCCCAGAGUCAGGUGCUGUGCUACCCCUGGCCCUGGGGCUUGCUAUCACCGCCUUGCUCCUGCUGAUGAUUGGCUGCCGGCUGCAGUUGGUGAGGCACAGACUGAAGAAGCUCCGCCCCAUAACAUCGGAGGAGUCGGACUACCUGAUAAAUGGCAUGUACCUGUGAGCCAGAAAUGGUGCCUCUUAAUAACAAUCACCGUAGCAGUGUGCUUCUCGAUGUAAAACAAUUCAAUAUGCUUGUGUGUGUUUGUCCGAAUCAAUAUGUGGAGCGCAGUAGAACCCUUUGAUCUUAUUACUUCCCGGUCACACAGGUAUAUCUGGCAAGUCCUGGGCGUACUUAAAAACAAAGCACAGUUUUCAGACCAAGCCAGUACUGUUGCCAUAAUGAUUGACUACUACAUGGCUGUCUCUAAGAUUGGUGGUCAAUCGAGAAAUUUUAAUUCUUCACCUUGCUGUGAAACAUCUAAACAAGUCAACUUCUGCUGCAGUCUCACGUGCUGAAUAAGGUUUGUGCUGUCUGACAGGAAGUCUGACUAUCCUAACAAACUGUUCUGUGAGGUCCCCCUACUGUGUGAUCCUGUGGUGGGUUGGCACUGGGUGAAUUCUUGACCCCCUCGCUCCCUGAGGAAGCUGCAUUUCCUCCCUGUCUGGGGACAGGUUUCUGUUUCCCCUUCUUAAUUGCCCUGUGAGCAGUUUCCACCUUCCCCCUGUCCAAUAAUUUCAAUGUAAAGUUGUGCCAGUGUUUGUCCCACUCGCUGUGUAGUUUCUGGGUCUCUUAUCCUGGAGACAUUUAAUAACAGUCAUAAAGUAAGCAGCAAAAUUGCAGAAUAUCAGGGCUGAACUGAUGAUAAAAUGCACCAUUGGAGAAAUUCCUAGCCUAGAAGGACAGCACUCAGCCUAUUGAGUGUGUUAGUUUAGUAUAAUAUAUUGUUGCAAACUGUUAAACUUUAUAAAAUUGGAAGAGUUGCCUUUUCAAAGAUUCCACUGAAUACCAACAGUUCUUGACUCCUGGUUCAUCUCUAAUAAAUGGCAUUUACCC